AUGUCUAUCAGUAGAAGACUAUACGGAAUAGCAGUUGUCUCAAAUUCAUUAUUAAAUGUAACUGAAGGUUCAGUGAAAAUACUACAAAAAGAUGCUUGUAAUUAUAUACAAAACAAUUAUAUACUAAAUAUUAUACGAGAUAAAUUUGAUGAAAAUAAACAAAUGUGGGAUGAAACAAAAUCAAUAUCAUUAAGAACAAGACUAAAUAAUCAAAAUUCUCAAAAUCCAUUUCAAAAUUCAAAUCAAAUACGUACUUAUUCAACUAAAUCAUUUUAUCCUGGUGAAGAAGUAGAUUUAGAUGCACCAACUUUAAAUCCAACAACUCCUGUUCAAAUUACAACUAUAGAUACAACAUCAUCAUCACCAAAUUUUCCUAAACCUAAAUUAAGAGAACAUCAAUUACUGCAAAGUGAAAUUCCAAGUUCAAGAUUAGCAAGAAUUUUUCAUUAUGGUUCAUUAGCAGCUGGAAUGGGAUUAAAUGCUGCUACUCAAGGUUUAAAAAAUUAUGCAACUGGAGAAUCAAUGACUAUGAAAUCAUUAUUUUUAUCACCACAAAACAUUGAAAGAAUGGCUAAAAAAUUCUCAAAAAUGAGAGGUGCAGCUUUAAAAUUAGGUCAAAUGUUAUCCUUUCAAGAUGCUUCUAUUUUACCAAAAGAAAUUCAACAAAUUUUAUUAAGAGUUCAAAAUUCUGCUCAUUAUAUGCCUCCAGGACAAUUAGAAAGAGUAAUGGUUGGUGAUUUAGGUUUAAAUUGGAAAGAAAGAUUAUUUACUUCUUUUGAUGAUGUACCUAUUGCUGCUGCAUCAAUUGGUCAAGUUCAUACUGCUGUCACUGAAGAUUUAACUCCAGUUGUAGUUAAAGUUCAAUAUCCAGGAGUUGCAAAUUCAAUAGACUCUGAUUUAAAUAAUUUAUUAAUGAUUUUGACUGCUUCUUCAUUAUUACCAGCUGGAUUAUUUUUAGAUAAAACUAUUGCAAAUGCAAGAGUUGAAUUAAAAUGGGAAUGUGAUUAUAUAAGAGAAGCUCAAAAUUUAAUUAGAAUGAGAGAAUUUUUAAAAGAUGAUGAAGUAUUUACAGUACCAAGAGUUUUUCAUAAUAUAUGUGGAGAACAUGUUUUAACAAUGGAAAAAAUGAAAGGUAUAGAAAUUGUAAAAGGAAAUUGGGAUCAAAGUACCAAGAAUUGGAUUGCAACUAAUAUUAUGAGAUUAUGUUUAUUAGAAUUAAAAGAAUUUAAAUUUAUGCAAACUGAUCCAAAUUGGGCAAAUUUUUUAUAUAAUCAAGAAACAAAUAAAAUUGAAUUAUUAGAUUUUGGAGCAGCUCGUGAUUUUAGUGAAGAUUUUAUUACAAAUUAUGUAAAAGUUUUAAGAGCAGCAGUUAAAAAAGAUGCUAAAAGAGUUGAAGAAAUUUCUCAUGAUUUAGGUUAUUUAACUGGUUUAGAAUCUCCAGCAAUGAUAAAAGCUCAUGUUGAUUCAGUAAUGUGUUUAGGUGAAGCAUUUUCACCAAUUGAUAAUAAUGGACAACCAUUUAAUUUUAAAAAACAAACUAUUACUGAUAGAGUAAGAGGAAAUAUUGGAUUAAUGUUAAAUGAAAGAUUGGCUCCACCACCUGAAGAAACUUAUUCAUUACAUAGAAAAUUAAGUGGUGUUUUCUUAUUAUGUGCAAGAUUAAAUGCAACUGUUCCUUGUGAAGAUUUGUUUAGAGAAAUUGUUGGUUACGAAGAUUGA